AAACACUUUCACCAGCUCAAUAAUGUCCCUUCUCAUACCCACCCAAAACAGCUCAGACCAUUCUUCCCUCUCAUCAGACUUUUAUGAAAUUAAUUCAUGAAAAAUGGUACUAAUCAAAGACGAUUUGCGUGGAAUCACCAAUCUAUUUUUGUAAAACAAAACCAAAAAUCCUUUAUGUUCUUGUAGUUUUUCCUCCAAAUCUUUCUUAAUUUGCUGCGCUGCAACAAAUCAUCAUUAGCAAUCUCCUCUUUCAACAAAUCCCAUUGUUGCCAUUGUGGACCAUCCAAAAUCGAGCACUCGAUCAACACUUGAGUCACGCCUCAAUAAAGCAUCAGCUGCACGAUUGCUACUGUCGGUCUUAUAAACAAUAUCGAAAUUGAUUUGAUGUCAUUUUUUUUUGGAAAAAACAAAAAAUACAGAUAAAAUGAAAUACAAAAUAUAGAAAGAGGUACUGGACAAAUUGAAAGUUAAGACAAAAACACUAAUAUGAAAGCUGAGAAUGACAAGCAUGCUUUUAAUUAAUAUUGGAUAAAGAAAGUAUAUUGUUAUUAGAGCAUUUUUAACCCAACACUAAACACAAAACCAUUUUUACACUAAAUCCUACUCUAAAGUGCUCCAAUCAACACUAAAUGCAGUUUUGGUGAAUAAUAUAACACCAAUAUAAUGUUAUACUAUUCAUUAACACUAUAUUUAGUGUUAAAUUUUCGGAAAUACAUAUUAGUCCAUGAAUUUUGAACAUAUACAUUUUUAGUUUAUCUCUUAUAUAAUUAUACUUUUAUAUUUAAUAAUGUUACCUAUGUUAUUAUAUUUAAUAAUUUAAAAUGCAAUACAAGAUUUAUAUAAAACACAUAAUUGAUAUAUAUUACAAUCCUAAUAGUGCAAAGAAAACACAAAUGACAUAUAUAUUACAAUCCUAAUGGCGUUAUAAAAAAAACAUUAAAAUCUUAGAAAUUUAAAUAACCACAUAACUAUUACAAUGGUAGUAACCUAAUAAUCCGGUAAACCAGAUCGGGAUCCUCCAAAUCCAUUAAAAUAUGGUCUAAACAUGUAUCGGGAGUUUGCUGAGCUUGGUUAUAGAUUUUUAAUAAUAAAAUUUAACGAUCGGUCAUUGUGGUUUCCAAUACGUAUCACUUUUAGAAUAACUACGAUCAAAACAACACCAGUGGUCCUUGUAGUUUCAAAACAUUGCAUGGUUAGUCCCUUAGUCGUCAAAUCUGACUUGUAACUUGUUAUUUAUUUAUUUUUUUUUUCUAAAAUGACAAAUUUUCCCUAAGAUGAAAUCUGAAAAAUACAAUAUCUUACAAGGACCAUUUCAAUAAAUUUAUCUUAAUUUUUUUUUAUUUUCUUUGUAACAUGCUUAUAUUCUAAUUAUAGAUAUAUUAUUACAUACAACAAAAUCAAUUCAUUCUUCCUGGUGCUAUCCCUACAUCCACAAAUCAAUAUUUCAUUAUCGUUUUCAUUAUGUGAAUCAUUGUUACUCUUUUAUUCCUAAAAUCAUCAUUAUCCCCAAAAUCUAUUGGUUCAAUGAAUCAUCCAUGAAGGGUUUGACUAAACCCAUGUCAAAAUCUUUUUCGACAGCUAAUAUUAGAGCUUUAUUUAAUGGUUCACAAAACCUAGUUUCAAAUUGCAACCCAUAUAGAUAGAAUGAACAAAAUCAACAAAACAAAAGUUAUGAGUGCAACUGACUUAUCAUACCAAGCAGAUUGAUAAUUUGGGGGAGGGGAUAGGGUUUUGAUUUUAUUUGGAGGAUGUAUACAUAUGGUCCUUACAGAAACAAAAAGACAAAAAAAGGUAAAUAGAUAAUUUCAUAUAGAUUUAGAGUUAGCUAAAAGGACUAACCGUGCUUGUAUUUGAAACCACAAGGACCACCAGUGUAACGCUUUCUAAAGAGAUCUUGAGAGUGUCUUUUCGGAAACCACAUGACCAUUUGUGAAAUUUUGUCUAUAAUUUAUGUAGUUAUAUUAAUAAAAAGUUAUGGAUCAUGUUUGUAAAAACUUAAUAAAUACAAGGGUUGUGUUUUUAAAAUUAAAAAACUAAAUAAAUAGGAAUAUACCUAUAAUAUUCAUUUUUAGUGUUGAUUAUAAUGUAAUGAAUUGAAGAUUUUUAUUGUUAACAUUAUGUUUUACAUUACAAUUAUAAGUUUUGGUGUAAUAGAUAGUGUUGUUUGUUGGAGAUGGUCUUAGAGUAAAAUAAAUUACAAGUUAGGUCCAUAUGUUGGGCAUUUUAUUAGGUUUGGUUCAAGUUUGUUGCAAAUUAUGCAUGUGAUUUAUUUUGUUUUUGGUUUUGAUUUCUAACUAUAUAAAUGAUUAUUUUGUCAUUACUUGAUAAUCUUUUAUAUCUUUUAUCUUUUGUUACAAACCCACCCUUCACUUUUCUCCCCGAAACCUCACCUCCAACAGGCAUAUAUAUAUAUGUACCCACCGAUACUAUGAUAAACUUAAAUAGUAUUAAACUAGUUGUAAGACUCAUAUAUUACAUGAGUUCAUUUAAAAAAAAAUAAAUAUGAAAUUCUAAACAUUUGAGAAGUUUGAAUUGAUAAAAAAAUUAAAAAAAAUAUUGAAUUAUUAAAAUUAAAGUGUUUUUUCUUUUUUAAAUUUAUACAAAUAAUUUAGAUAAAUAAACAAAGGAAACUAAUGAGCUUUAAUUUAUAAAUUUUGAAAUUAAAAGGAAAGUCAAUUAAUGAAAAUGAAAUGCAUUUAUUAUUAUAUUUAUUGCAAUUAAUACAUGUAAUUAAAUAUAAUGUAAAAUUUAAUAAAAAUAAAACAACCACAAAAUGUCAUGUGGAAAAAAAAUUUAAUUGAAAUCAACCAAAAAAUAACAUUUAGCCAAAUCAAUAAAAAUAUGAUACGUGACAAAAAGAUUUUCAUUUAUUAUGGUAGAUCAGCAUGAUGGCGAAAGAAAAUGUUUGGUGGAGUGUAGUUUUUUGGUUUGUGGUAUCUAUUUUUUAGCCAUAUAACAUGGGAGCAUGAGUUUCAAUCGAUGACACACUACGAUUAAAAAAUAAACGACACAAAAAGAAAUUAGUACAAAAUUGAAAUCCAAAUUUGUGUCUAAUGUAAAAAAUACGACAUCCUGUUGUGUUCAAAAUUCGACGUGAUAUAUUAACAUAUAUCUCUCAUGUUUUGUUUUACAUGAUUAAAUAUGAUUUAAAUAAAAUAAUGAAUAUUUUAUGGUGUUUAUUUAUUUUUUAUUUUUUUGAACGGCAAAUACAAUAUAAUCCUAAACUACUCUUAAAUCCACCUAUGUCUCCGACGAGACUUGAACCCUCAACCUCAAGGAGGGAGGACAACACCUGAUACCGCUGGGCUAUAAGCCCUUUGGUUGAGUUCAAUAUUAGUAUUUGUUAUGUUUUAGUUGAGUUCAAUAUUGUUUUUGUUUUGUUUUCCUGCUGUUAAAAAAAUGACAGAAAUUAUUAAAGAUCGCUCUUUGAGAAAUGGAUAAGACGGGCGGAUUCUUAUUACUUAAUAAAAGAGUAUUACAAUUCGAAAAGUAGGAGAUCUCCAUCUUUCUGAACUCGAUUUCUUUUCUGCCUCCAUGGAAGACGGAGAAAGGACUAUAAGGAGAGGGUAGUGGGACACCUUAAUCAUCACAAUAAUACAAUUAUAAAAGUUAAUAGAAAAAAGAGAUUCAGAUAACAAGAGAUUGAAAUUGAACCCUUUUUAUUGCUUUAUUAUACAUACGUAUCUAUAAAUCUAUAAUCUCCGACCAUAAACGUACACAUGCCAAACCUAAACCUCAAUUGAAGAGAGAAGAGAAGAGAGAAGAGAGAAGAUAUAGAAUAUGAUAAUCAGACUUGUUCUUCCUCCUAGACCAUCAUCAUCAUCAAUUGUAUGUUUGGUCGCCGGAAAUCGCUCCUUUUUACGUCGCAGGCCAAACCUAAACCUCCCACUUCCAUGGGAACAAGGCAAAUUGAAGAGGCAUUUGAAUUUACGAUCCAUGUCUGGAUCAGGGAGCUCUUGGUCUCCAUCGCCUGUAUUGUCAGAGAAACUGCAGGUGAAUCAAGUAGAUAAUAAGGUUUUAUCUGGCAAAGAGGAUGAACAUGGAGGUGUUAUCGUGGAAAUGUCUACAGACCCCAUCGAUCCACUUGUGUUUACUUCUUUGCUUAAAGCUUCAAUGCUGCAUUGGAAACAACAGGGUAAAAGGGGUAUUUGGAUCAAAUUACCAAUCGGGCUUGUAAAUCUCAUUGAACCUGUGGUUAAAGAAGGGUUUUAUUAUCAUCAUGCGGAACCAAAACACUUGAUGCUUGUGCAUUGGAUUCCUGAAACUACAAAUACAUUGCCAGCUAAUGCAAGUCAUAGAGUGGGUAUUGGGGCUUUUGUUAUGAAUCAAAAUGGACAGGUUUUGGUGGUGCAAGAAAAGAGUGGAAAAUUCAGAGGAACUGGCAUAUGGAAGUUUCCUACUGGAGUCGUUGAUGAGGGUGAAGAUAUCUGUGAUGCUGCGGUUAGAGAGGUUAAAGAGGAGACUGGAAUUGACACCAAAUUCCUGGAAGUAUUGGCAUUCAGACAAAGCCAUAAAUCAUUCUUUGACAAAUCGGAUUUAUUCUUCAUGUGUGUGUUGCAACCUUUGUCCUUCAACAUCCAGAUACAAGAAUCAGAAAUCGAGUCAGCCCAGUGGAUGGGUUUUGAGGAAUAUGCAGAUCAAGAUUUUGUGCAGAAGCAUGAUCUUCUAAAGUAUAUGGUGAACAUAUGCAUAGCAAAGAGAGAUGGAAAGUAUAAUGGCUUUUCUCAUGUGUCUACAGUUACAAGUUUCUCUAAAAAACAAAGCAACCUUUACUUCAACACCAAGGAUUUCAACUCUUCUUAACAUUACCAUCUCAUUUAAUUAUUUUUUUUUAUGUAUUUGACACAUUAACUCAGCUGCUAUCGCCUUAUGCUGAUAUGGUAUAUAUGAAGCUUGUAAUUGUAUUGGGACUAAUCAAUUCCUAC